AUGCAGCUUUCCGCUUCUGCUGCAGCUGUGGAGAUGGCCAAGACCCAGCAGAAUGGUACUGACAAUCAGGACCGUGCUACCACUACCCGUACCAACAGACAGUCUCUUCCUCCCAGUGCAAUGCGCCAGUCUGGUUAUGGUGAUGCUUCCAUGUCUCCUCUCAACGGUAUCUUGACUGAGAUCAAUACUGCAAAGAACACUGCCGCCAACAGACGAUCUAUGGAGGUCAAGUUCAGCAGUCUCGCCACGCCUAAGCGUCCUGGCUUGUUGGCCUCACCCAAUGGUAUCGGCUCGAAUGGUGUGCCCAAGCUUCAGGGCUCUUACUCGACCAACGACAUUCCCACUCUCAAGAGCACCAACGCUGCCAACUUCUCAGACAAGGCCGGUGCUGUUCAGAGUCCUCGUCCUGAGUUCGUUUCACCCACUCGCCAGUCCAACGCCCUCAGCAACGGUCAUCAGAACGGCUUCCACACUCCUUCUCGCCAAGUCCAGGAACAGCCCCAGUCAGAAGACCUCAGCAGCGCUACCUCGCAGAGAUCUGUCCUUCAAGCCAGCGCUGCACCUUUCGGACCCUCGGUCACUUCGCCUUCGUUCGAACCUGCUCGCAUCAUGAACAACAACUCGAAUGGUCUCAGCAACGGCCAUAUCAGUCCUCCUUCUAUGCAGACCUAUGGCAAUGGAGCCUACUACGGUGGCUACGGUAUGCACAUGCUGGGUAACGGCUUCAACCAGAUGUAUCUUGGCAACCAGGGUGGUGGUCAGUGGGGUCACAUGCCUGGCUUCCAACAUGGAUUUGGUGGUGGAUACUCUCAGCAACUCUCGCAGCAGAGCCCCGCGCGCUACAACGACAGCCAGCCCCGCGUCAUGCAGCAGCCACGCCGUGGUCAAACUGGUGAUGGUAAUUCACAACCUCCUUCUUCUUCACAACAUCGCUUGCUAAACAUGGAAUCAGACAACUCGCGUUACGCUAACGUCAAACUGCAGGAUCUCGUCGGCGAGAUCUACGGUCUAUGCAAGGACCAGCACGGCUGCCGUUACUUGCAGAAGAAGCUGGAAGAAGGUGAUGAUGAGAACAUCAGACUCAUCUUCGAAGAGACCAACCCUCACAUGAUCGAGUUGAUGACUGGUAAGUCACUUGCUCAACGCACAUCAAACUUCACUAAUUGA